AUGGUUUUCGCUCCCACUCUCCGCCGCGCUGCGGCCGCCGCCCCAUCCUCCGCUUUUGCAUCCAACUUCGCCACUCAGCGUACCGUUGCCGGCUUCACCCUGCCCAGUGCCAUCAAGGCUGGUACCGUUGCCGGUAGCUUCGGUGUCUUCGCUGGCGCUGCUGCUCUCUUCUUCCUCGGCGAGGUCCCCCGUGUCCGCCGCGAUAUCCUCCAGCAGUUCCCCUUCCUGGACACCUACUAUGACCGUCCCAUUGCCCCCGAGGACAACCCCUUCUAA